GUAAUAUGUUAACUUGUUAAGUGCGACUACUUGUAGUACAUAACGUUUCCUUUUUGAUUAGACAAGUUCAAGCAACUACACACGGUGAAAGUGCCAAAAUUAGCUGGUUUAUUGCAUAGUACUGAGCAUAAUAAUAGUAAAAACACAGUCUGUAUUGCGUCUUUAAUUGUUUCCCUGUUAUAUUAAAAUUUUCAGACGCACAGCCUCUGUUUUUAGUUAAGAGCAGCGAUCAUGCCAGUCGAUUAUAUAACUCCCUUAAUUAGUGCCGGCGUCGGCCUUUUGACGUCCCUCAUGGGCGGAUCGCUACGCGGAUCAAGCAGCGCCGAUGGUCAGAACCUGGAUAUGGCGGCUAUCCAGCGCGCCGAGGACGAGGACCGAAUGCGGCGAGAAGAGCAGUACCAAAACGAGCGCCGGGAAGAUCACGCCCAACUGCUGCGGCUGAUCCGCGAUCUGACCGAGCAGGGCGCCGUGGAACGCCAACGCCUGGAACAAGAAUACCGGCAGCAGCAGCAGAAUAUGGCAGCGGAACAAGCCGCCUGGAUGCAACGCCGCGAAGAGGAAUUCACCCAGCAACGGGAGCGAGACAACGCCUUGUUCCAGCAACGCUACAUGGAAAUGCAGAAUGCCACGGCGGCAGAACGGCAGCGUAUGCAGGAUGAUUUCCGGCGGGAACAGCAGCGGCUGGAUGACGUUCGCCGGGCCGAGACGGAAAAUCGCGAGCGGGAGUUCCAAAUGCAGCGGGAACGUGACGCACUGGCGCUGCAGGAGAAGCUGGGGGUAUUACGCAGCGAUGCGGCUAGGGAGCAGCAGCGCAUGGAGGAGGAUUUCCAAGGCCGGCAACGCUGCCUGGAGGAACAGUGGACGGAAGAUAAAGCGCGACAUGAAGAACGUCUGGCGGCCAUGAAGGAGAGUAUGCAGGAAGCGCAGGAGCGGGUACGCGUGCUGACCGAACAACUGGAAAAACCGGUAAAGGAUCGCGAGGAAAAAUUAGCGUUUGUCAACGGACUGCAGUUGCCCAUACUCCAGACGAAUUCCCUGCUGUUGGUUGGUCCAAAAGGCACCGGUAAGAGUACGUUCUUGUGGUUGCUGGGUAAAGGUCAAAUCCCGAAACGGACGAUUCGCGACGGCACCGUGGAGAUCAUUCAGCUGCCGGGUUUUAUCGACUCCAUCGGACUGCGCGGCUGGACCGUCGAGGAAAUGCUGAAACUGCUGGUGCUGAUGAUCUACGAGGGGCUGCCCCAAGAUGUCAUCGUGUUCGGCAAUGAUCGCAUUGACCUGCCGGUGACCACGCUGGGACUGUUGGGCGUCAGCAAUCCCAUGAUUGUCAUCAUGUCCAGUGAAUUCUGGAAGAUGUACCAGCCACCUAACGGGCGGCCGCCCAAGCUACAUUUGACGGAGACUAGUUAUGGUGUCCGGCGCGUGCAGCCCGAAAGCGAUCUGGACUUUGUGUACAAUUUUCCGGCUUACAAUGAUAUCAAGCAGCUGCAGUUGGGCACACCGAUUACACAUCAUGACGAUAUCGACGGGCUGGUUAGGAACCGUCAAUAUGCCGGUGUCCGGCCGUUUCAGAUUCUUCAACAGAAACUGGGAGGUGGUUUUACAACGGCCAUGCAGAACGACUACCACACCGAGGCCAUUUUUCGGUUCAUUUAUAUUUAUGAAAAAAAGUACGGGAAAAAUAAGCUGCAGUUCAUGAACCAUGCAACGCUGCAGGAUUUUGAAAUUGUCAAAAAUAUUGUAAAAAUGCCGAGCAGUUUAAAACGUUUUACUCGCAGCCUGUUUGGCACCCAAAAUCAUUCGUUCAAGCCGAAAAUCGACAUGGCAGCGGUACUGCUGGCUCAAGAAGAAGAUCGUCAACGCCGGGAAGAGCAGUUCAAGAUGGACCGCCAAGAGAACAAAGUACAGCACCUGCAAGUGGUGCAGGUGAUGGAGGACAAUGCACGGGUCGAACGGCAGCGCAUUCAAACGGAAUUCCAACGUCAACAGGAAGAGGCAGAGGCAGAACACUUACGCGAGUUGCACCACCAAGACGCAGAACAUCGAGAGCAACGCGAGCGUGAUUAUCAGCUUUUCGAACAGCAACUCCAGGAAAUGCAUCACACAUCGGCAGAUGCGCGCCAGCAGUUGGAGCAAGAAUUCCGUCGUCGGCAAAAGAAGCUGAAAGAUGAAGUGAAGAUUCUGCGUGAGCAGCGGCAACACGAGCUGGAGAAGGAAAAAACGCAAAAGAAUCUGGAGCUACAGCAAAUUCUCGACAAAAUGCAAACCGUCGCAGAGGCGGAGCAGGCAAGGGUGAAUGAGGAGUUCCAGAAUCAGCAGCAGGAGAAAGAGAAAAAAUGGACACAGGAAAAGCAGCUGUACGAAGAACGAUUAGCCGCUCUCAAUGACAGCAUACAGGAGGCCGACGAACGCGCCCAGUUGAUGACCGAGCAGCUGGAGAAGCCCACCAAAGACCGCGAACAGAAGCUAGCGUUUGUUAAUGAACUGAAUCUGCAGAUUCGUCAGCAGGAUUCCCUGUUGCUUCUCGGACCUAAAGGAACAGGUAAAAGCACCUUCUUGUGGUUGCUCGGUAAAGGUGACAUGCCGACGCGCACCAUGCGCGACGGGACCGUCGAGAUUAUUCAUGUCCCGGGUUUUAUCGAUUCCAUCGGACUACGGGCGUGGACUGUGGAAGAAGUGCUGAAGCUGCUGGUGCUCAUGAUCUACGAGGGUCUUCCCAAAGAUUUGAUUGUAUUCUGCAAUGAACGCAUCGAUAUGCCCAUGACAACGUUGGAAUUGCUGGGAAUUAGUAAUCCUAUGGUCGUUGUCAUGUCCAGUGAUUUCUGGAGGCUCUACCAACCAAAAGCUGGCAGCGAGCCCAAGAUCCACUUGGUGCCGAAUAAGAACGGUGUCCGCUGGGUGGAGCCGGAAGAAAAUCUGGCCAAUGUGUACAAUUUUCACGUGUAUGACGAAGUGAAGCAGCUGGAGCUGGGCACGCCCAUUACCCAUCACGAUGACAUCGAUGCGCUCGUGCAGAAGCGGGAAAGCGACGGUGUGGGGCCGUUUCAGUUUCUUACAGAAAACCCGAGGGGCGUCUUUGCUGCUGCGAUGGAAAACGAUUACACAACGGAAGCUAUAUUUCGAUUCAUCUAUAUUUAUGAAAAGAAGUAUCGCAAGAACAAACUGCAGUUUAUGAAUCAGGCCACUCUAAAUGACUUUGUGUGACAUCUAUAUUGCUCAGAUACCCUUUAUAUUGGCUAAU